AUGCUAGGAAAAUGCAUAAUUUUCCGUCACAUUCAAAACUCUAGGGUUUCAUCAAAUCUAGGAUUAUUGAUAGCAUGUAUAAUAGCUGUAUUAGUAUUAGGAAAUAGUGUUACAGAAGCAUUGGAUUUGGCAAACCUUAAUGAUGUUUCACCUCAACAAAAUUCAACUAGUAAUGGAAAGAAGCUUUUAUUUUCAUUUAAUAACACAAUACCGGCUUCAUCUCUCAUUCCGAUACCUUUUAAUAUUACGGAGGAAAAUAUGUUGGAUAACUUGAGAAUAUCAGCUAAUUGUGCAACUGUCAAAUGCAAUUUUAUGAUAGUUACCAGGUCUGGUUAUUUUGAAUUUAUUAAAGAUCCUUCACUUAGAACAUUACGACAAAAGGCUAUGAAUAUUCAAGUUUUGAACGAAACUGAUAGCCAAGACACUCAUAUCGUUUACAUUACAACCUCUGAUUCUUAUGUUUUUGUUAGUGUGAAUUUAAAUCAGGAGAAUUCAUCUCUCUUGACGAUUAAUGUCGAAACGAAAUACAGUUACGGAAGAGGGUUCAUAUGGUUCUUACAGAAUUAUUGGUACAUUAUUAUAAUUGGAGCAGCUUGUAUUGUAUUUGUUGGUAUCUCUGUGGCUGUUAUCACAAAUGGUGUUAAAGGACGAGAUUUACUGAAUGGUAUGACUAGCUACUCAAAGAAGGAUAAAUCUCAACGGUGCCUCCUUACUGAUGAAGAUAUGAAAGACGAAAUUGGAUUCAAGACUGUUGCCUCUCAAAAUGUUGCUCAGUUGGAAGAAAUGAGAACAUAUAGUAGUGAUUCAGAUUUAUCUUCAGGAAUUUAA